UGUAGAAUGGGAAUUUUAAUAGCGAUGGGAUCGGGAAUGGGUAAACAAAUGGGCAUGGCAUUGGUAAUGGGCAUGGGCAUGGCAAUGGGAGCCAGGGGCCAGUUGGAGCGACAAAAGUUAGACAAACGGAUGUGUAGAUUAGACCGGCAACAACAGCAAAAGACUUGUACUAAACAAUAGUUGCAGCCAGCGAACAAACAGCAAACAAAACCAAACAAUAUGUGCACAAUGCCAGGAACAACAGAUGCAUCCGGCUCCGGCGAUGCAUCAACUGACCUCAUCGCUUCAAGAAGCCACUCCUGCCACCAAGGACAUCGCUUAAACUUGCGCAUAUUUAAACUUUUGAUUAGCUGCUGGCUCUUAGUGCUCAGCAUUUACCCGAAUGCCUGCCACUUGUCCAUCAGCCCCGGUUCAGGAUCCAUCUGGGUCUCGGCCGACAGCAUCAAGGGACGCGGCGAUGCCCAUCGCCUGGACGAGAUGGGCUCCCAAUCCCAUACCUCCUCGUCCUCAUCCCUGCCGUCCUCGUGGCUCACCCAGAGCAAUAACCAUGCAAAUAUAUCCGAGUUACUGGAUAAUCUGCUGCGAGGCUAUGAUAAUAGCAUACGCCCGGAUUUCGGUGGACCGCCAGCCACUGUGGAAGUGGAUAUAAUGGUUCGCAGCAUGGGACCAAUAUCAGAGGUUGAUAUGACCUACUCGAUGGACUGUUAUUUUCGGCAAUCCUGGGUGGAUAAACGUCUCGCAUUCGAGGGGGCCCAGGAUACGCUGGCAUUGAGCGUCUCGAUGUUGGCCCGGAUUUGGAAGCCGGAUACGUAUUUUUACAAUGGCAAGCAGAGCUAUUUGCACACGAUUACCACGCCAAAUAAGUUUGUGAGGAUCUAUCAGAAUGGACGCGUGUUGUACUCGAGCCGGUUGACAAUUAAAGCCGGCUGCCCAAUGAAUCUCGCCGAUUUUCCCAUGGAUAUACAAAAGUGUCCCCUGAAAUUCGGUUCAUUUGGCUACACCACAUCCGAUGUCAUCUAUCGCUGGAACAAAGAGCGACCCCCAGUCGCAAUUGCCGAGGACAUGAAGCUGUCCCAAUUCGAUUUGGUCGAUUGUCCGGCUGGAAACUUAACGGACAUUGUGUACAAGGCGGCGGCUCCAAGACCACAGCGUCGUCCAUUUAACAACAAGGACCCACCACGACCCACCAGCAAGGUGCUGACCACUUUUGCUGGUCCGGCGGCAAAGAAUCAGCACGUUCGGGGCACGGGACUUAAACUAGACAAAGGAGCCUUUGGAACAGGGCGGGAUGCAACUGGAGGAGUGGGAUCCUCCACUGGAUUAAGUGGCACCAUUACUUUGGAGACCAAUCAUCCAUCGGAAUACUCGAUGCUGAUGGUGAACUUUCACCUGCAACGGCACAUGGGCAAUUUCCUGAUCCAGGUGUAUGGUCCCUGCUGCCUUCUAGUGGUUCUCAGCUGGGUUUCCUUCUGGCUAAAUCGUGAAGCCACCGCGGAUCGCGUUUCCCUUGGGAUAACAACCGUUCUGACGAUGACCUUUCUCGGACUGGAGGCUCGCACGGAUCUACCUAAGGUGUCCUAUCCCACGGCUCUGGACUUUUUUGUGUUCCUCUCGUUUGGCUUUAUCUUUGCCACAAUACUCCAGUUUGCCGUGGUGCACUAUUACACUAAGUACGGUUCGGGGGAGUGCUACUUUAUUAUUGAGGAGCUGGACUCGGAUUCUGGGGAGUCGGAAACGGAACCACUCACCUCGGAUUUCCGCGGCAGCACGGAAUCAAAGAUCUAUGAAGUCAUUCCGCUGUCCAUGUGUGCGAUAAGUAUGCCGCCGCAACCCAAUCGCCUGGGCAUGCUUACCUCCAGGAAUAGAGGACCACGAAAUAGACGACAUGGUCUAUGGAGCAUGAAGCUAUUGGGCCUCUUUGAUUGGCGACGAAGGAGAAAGCCCCCCCGUGUGGACUCCGAUGAGGAGGAUGACGAGCAAACGCAACUAAGGGUAAACGAGGCUCCCAGCACAUCUGCUGCAGCUGCGGCGGCACAAGCUGCUGCCCAGGCUGCUAGGAUAAGUCCUCCAACUGGUCGCCGGCGGAUGUCCUACUAUCGACGCGAGGAGAUGGAGGCGCGGAGGAAGGGCAAAAGGACACCACAGUACAACUCCGUGUCGAAGAUAGAUCGCGCCUCGCGGAUCGUCUUUCCUCUGCUCUUCAUCCUGAUUAAUGUGUUCUAUUGGUACGGCUAUUUGUCGAGGAGCUCCAGGAUUUUGGCCAACACGCCAGAUGCGAGCACCUGAUGUUACCUUUUAGCAAUUUAGACAGGGUCCUCGAAGAAAUCAGUAAGCGAUCGCCGGCAGCGAGCAGACAACUAAAGCUGGACGUAAGCGAUGCAUCAGCAGCAAGCACUUUCUGGUGAUUCGCCGUUUACAAGCCGCUUAUGAUAAUGCGUGGGGGGAAUAUCGGUUGGGGGAUCGGGAAAAGCAGGGGAUGGGUUUAACUUUUCAGAUUCAGUUACGCUCUUAUUCUGAUUUGCUACCAAACGUGACACCGCUUUAUGGGAUUUCUUUUCGCGCUAAAUUGCUAAAGUACAGAAAACAGAACUCAACUCUAACAUAUCAGAGGACUUGUUAAAACGGGCACCCCUUCAAAACAUCAUGCUUUAAGUGUCA